AUGAGAAAGAAACCAACAGACGAUGAAGUAAAAGCUAUUUCAGUCAACACAGAAAGGGAACUUUAGCAGUAUUUUGACUCAUUUUAGAAAACGUUGUUAGACACCAGUGCUGAUUGGAAUAAGCGUUUGAUGAGUUUAAAAUAAUUUUAAGGAUUAAUCCUAGGUGAAUGCUACCAUAUGAGCAGCUUUGAUUAGCAUUUAACAAACUUAAUACCAAACAUGAUUGCAUAGGUUAAUGAUCUGAGAUCUGCAAUUUAAAAAGAAGCAUGUAAAAGCUUAGUUUUGGCAAGUGAAAAAAUGGGAUCUAAAUUUGAGAACGCAGCAGUUCAGCUAUUUAAAUGGGAUGGAAUGCUGCAUUUACUUGGUAAUGGAAAGAAGAUUCUUGCUGAUACAGCUCAUGAAUGUUUAGAAAAAAUUAUUACUAAUGUGCCUUCUUCUUAGUACUUUAGUGUAAUAAAUGAUGAAAUAAAUAGUAAAAACAACAAUGUUAGAAUAAAACUCACCGGAUAUUUAAACUAAAUGCUGAGGUAAUACGAAAACAAAUACAAAGAAAAAAAUUUAAAUAUAAUAGAGGGAUUGAUUAUAAAAACAUGCAAAGAUGCUUCUUCAGAAGUAAGAGCUAAUUCUAGAUAAGCAUAUAAUUCUUUGACAAUAGAAUAUCCCGAGCUUUCUGAUAUCAUAUACUAAUAAUUUGACAAUACAACAAAGAAAUUACUAUCAUAAAACACAAGCAAUAUCCCAGAAGCGGAUUCAAGUGCAAUAAGUGGAACUAGCUCAAUAAAAAAAGUAUCUUCAUCUAAAAGAAGUCUCUCGUACAUCAAUCAGAGUAGUGCUAAAAGCAUAAGAUCUAAUUCAAGUAUCGCUAAUGAAGAAAAAACUGAAAAACAGGAGAAAAGAAACUAAACUCCUGCAUAAACUAAUAUAACAAAAUCUGCAAAUAGCAAAAAUGUUCGAAUUGUUGAUAACAGAGUUUCAAACAGUGUAGGAGGCGUUAAGAGAACGGUUUCUGUUAUAAAUCCUGCUCCAGCUCCUAAAACAGGUUAUUCAAAGGUUGCAGUAAAAUCAGCUUAAUCAUCUCCUGGAACUUCUUUGUCUAGGCCAUAAACAAAUUAAAAAGCAUCGAAUUAGAAUACUCAAACUACAGAUGAAAAGAGCAGUUUUUUUAAGAAAACUAGCUAGAAAUUGCAUUAAAAUAGAAUGAAUGAUAUUAAAGUUAAUGAUUUUAGUAUUGAUGAAAACUAGGAAUAUAAUCUUGAAAGUGUUAAGAGCUAGAAUAACAUUGAUAAAAUUAAUUUCUUUAAAAACGAUAGUCUUGGCGAUUAAAAUAAUUAAUCUUCUAUUAUUUAGAAUACUCCAGCAGCAGCUGCGCCCACAACUUUGAUUAGCAAUUAAUUAAGCUUGCAUUUGCCUAUUAGCAAUAAUUCUUCAUUAAGUAGCUAGAUCUUUAAGAAUAAUAUUUUAGCUACUGAAAAUAAUAUUAUAAAUUAGGAUUCUUUAUUUAAAAAAGUUUAAGAAGAUGACUUGUUAUUAGUUACCAAAGAAAGUAGUGACGAAGACGAUUCAAAAAAACUCAAAACUAAAAAUUCAUAAAAUGAAAAAUAAGAAGGCACUGCAUCACCUUCUAAAUUAGCUUAAAUAAAUAAAUUUCACUCCGAAGAAUUGAGUUUUUAAGGUGACUUCAAACCGUAAAGUGGAAUGAAGUAAUCAACAGCUCAUGAAAAUAAUUUCUUAGAUAGCAAUUAUUCAAAAGAAACACCCACUAUUAAGCCUUCUUAGUAAUCUCCAAAAUAUGAUUUUUUCACAAAUUAAAAUGCUGUAGUCGAAUUUGAUCUCCAUCACGAGGACCUCUUACUCGAUGAACUUAAUGAAUUAAAUGAAAAUUCGUUAGAAAACCCUAAAUUUCUAAGUUAGAAUUUUCUUUAAGACGAUGAUUAUAGUUCUUCAUAAAUUCAAUAGGAGAUAAGAAUGUUGACUUAUGAUCACAAUAAUUAAGAAAUAACUCCAAUCAACAGCUAACACCUAGAAAAUUAACAAUUUUCUUAUUUUAAUAAAAAUAAUUCGACGAAUUUUGCUAAUUCGUAAUUGAAUUAAUUUGGAUCAAAUUAAACAUCUAACAAUAUGAUCCAUCCCUUGCUAAACUUAGAUAAAAUAAGUAAUAGUAACACAUCUUAAAAUAUAAUGAAUCCUGGUACUGGAAGAAACUCUGGUUCGCCUGUUUUAGUUUUAAGUUCACGUGAAAAAUCAAUCAGCUAAACUUAUGAAGGAGCAGAAGUGUAGGUAUAAAAAGAUUCGAAUCUAAAAAGUUUAGCACAAUCAAUAAAACUAGGAGCAUAAUAAAGAGCCCAAUUAGUAUCAGAAGAUAAUAAAGAAAAGAUUACAAUUUAGUUUGACUCUCAAAGUAAUUAGCUUUAAAAAUCGAACUCUAAAACUUAAUAAGAAGCAGAAGAAAUUACAAAAGAACAAGAUUUAGAAAGGGAAUUGAAAGAAUUAACAGAAAAAUAGAAAUAAAGAUUUUCAGUUAGUGAAUCAAAAAAUAAUAAUCAAGAGAAGAAUUUAAAUAAAUAAAAAUAGGAAAUGUCAGAAAAGAAAGAAAAAUAAGAAAAGCUACCUGUUUAAUAAGCAAUCGAUAACGAUAAAAAUAAAAGUUUAGUCUAGAGAUCUGCUGUGAGAUCGCUAACCUCUUCAGUUAAUAAAAAUAAAAUAAACUCCCUUAGCUUAAAAAAAGAAGAAUAAUCACCUUAAAAAAGUAAGCUAUUAGAUUCAAGAAAAAAGAAUGAUACUCCCUAAACAGCUACUUAAACAACUAAACAGAAAACUCUAUCUCUGAGCUUAAAAUAGACAGCUUAAAAGCAAACAAAUGCAAAAACAAACAUAAGUUUAGCUUAAUCAGAAGCAAAUACCUCUAAAGUUAAUAAUUCUAACAAGUAAUCUCAGAGUAGCAUAAAAGUACCAGCCAAUCUUAAAAAGCCUAAACUUAACGAAGAAGUAAAAAUAAAUGAAAAAAAUGUAAAGAACAAAAUGGAAAGUCCUUUAAAAAUAAAUAAAAGUAAGGAAGAGUAAUUUAAUAGUGAAGAAAAAAAAGCUAGUUAAAUAAAUACAAAUACUCCUAAUAAAAUUAGCUAAGCUAUAAACAUAGUUGAAAAUCCUUCAAUGUCUCAUUCAAAUUCUAUUGUUACUCAUCCAGAUAACAUCUCAACAGAUAAAAAAAUAACUAAAUAAUCUUCUAAUUUAGUAAUAACAAAUAUUAAUUCAAAUUUAUCUCAAGAUUAAGAUGAAUAAGGUCCUGGUUAGUUAACAUCAAAAAGUACGAAAUCUCAUUUUAUUUUGUAGCAAUACAAAACAGUGGAAAGUUAAAACACAAUGAUGUCAUCAAAAUCACAAAAUGACGAUAAUAAGAUACAAACUUUUUAUUCCUCAAACCAAGAUGGCUCUACAUCUAGCAAAAAAAGUAAUUAAAAUAUGAAAUUCCAUUAAAUAACUUAAGAAAGUAGCUAAAGUCCUAAACCUACAAUAGUCUAAUAAAGAAGUAAAGAAAAUAGCGAAAAGGUAAAAAGCAGCAUAGAAAAAAGUUCGCCAAGUGAAAGAUAAAACAACAAUCCGAUGUAUUAAAAUAUGAAAAAGUAAGAGUAAAUUAAAUAAGAUUAAAUUUAACAAAAAUAAGUAUAAAGCUCGUUAAGAGAUCAACAUAAUUAAGAGUAAAAUAAGCAAUUUUAAUAAAAUAUAAAUUUAAAUAAUAAAAAUUAAGAAAAUUUAGAUUCUUAAAUCGAUAAAAAUAAACAAAUUAUUCCUAUUUCAAAUCAAAAUAUUUAUAAUUAAGUAUAUCAAAAUAAUAAUAACCAAUAAUAAAAUUUUACUGCAAGCAAUUAACCUGUUAGCGAUCAAACAAAUAAUUUAUUUAGCAAAGAGUAAAACUUAGCUGAUUUAUAAACUAAUCAAAAUUCAGAAAGUUUAAAAUAUAUUACAGAUUAAUAAAAUAAAUUAAUUUAAUUAUAGUAGCAAUAGCUACAGUAGCAACAAAACUAACUCCUUCAAUUACAAUAACAGCAGCAAUAAAUAUAAUUAUAAUAACAAUAGUAUUAACAAUAAAUUUAAUAACAAUUUCAAUAAUAAUCAUAAUAAUAACAAUAGUAGCUUCAAUAGCAACCAUAAAAUAUAUAAUAGCCUCAAUUUAACAAUUAAUAAUAAAAUGAAAAUGCUUUUAUUAAUUAGCAAAUCAUUCAGAGUGAACAAUAAUAAAAUAAUAUCAAUAAAUAAUUUAAUUAAUAUCCAUCGGUAAAUAAUUUUGAGAGCUACUUACCUAUCGCUUCUUAUUCUAAUAUAAACUAAAUCCAAUAAACAAAUUAAACAGACUAUGCCAAUAAUAAUUACAGCAACUAUAUCAAUAGGUAGUUGAGCCCCUAAUCGAUCCAUAGUGGGUUAUUUUUAGCAAAUUAGCAAAACCCUUAUUUUACUGCUAAUAUGUUAACAAAUCAUGCUCACAAAAAUAGCAAUGAAUUACCUCAAUAUAACACUUAAACAUUUAAUAACAGUUUAAACAAUACAAGAAAUAAAAAUUGGCAAGAUAGUAAUCAUGAGAGAGUUAAUUCUGACUAAUUUUAUUAAAGUUAAAAUGAAAAAGAAGAAUUCUACUAAAGAUAAAAUUAUUUUAUUUAGUAAUAACUUAUAUAAUAAUAGGCUCAAUUAAAAUAAUAUUAUUAAGAAAUGUUAGCCACAUAAUAUGAAAAAUUAGCUAAGGGAUUUUAAGAACAAUUCGAGAAAUCAAUAAACUUAAUUUAAGAGAAAAUUUCAUCUGCAUAACCAGCUUAGCAAUAAGAAUCUCAUAAUGAAGAUAAUGAGAAUAAAAAGAAAUCGAAAAAAAAUUAAGGCAAAACAAAGAGCAUCAAAAGCAAGAUGAAUAAUUAAAAUUAAGAAGUUUUUUCGGAUAGUGAAAAUAGCGAAAACAACAAUUCCUCAUCUAGUUUUAACAUGAAUAAAUUUUUAGGAUCAUUCAAUAACAGAAACAAAUCAUAGCAAAUACCUUCUAAUAGCUGCAACUCUUCAAAAAAUUAAUUUAAUUAUAGAUAAAAUUGGCAUCAGGCAACUAAAUCAAAUCCUGUUUAUAGCUAAAAUAGGUUAGUGUCUAAUGAUUAAUUAAAAAGCGAGAAUUUUUAGAUAGAAGAACUAGAUGUUAAUAUGAAUUCACAAUAAAUAAUUAAAGUUGAAAUUAAAAAACUUAAAUCUCACAACUGGGCAACGAAGCUAGAAUGUAUCAGAAGAAUUAAUAAAGCACUUGAGCAGUAUGAAUAAAUUGAUGAUUUGCAGGUUAUUAAGAAUUUGAUUGAAAUAACUCUUCAGCAGUUAUCAAGUGAAUCAAAUCAUUAGAUUAUCGAAUAGUUACUUGCUUGUACUUCGCUCUUAAUAUAAUUCUAUUCAGAUCAUUACUAAAAUUACCUUGAUACAGCAAUGAGAUUAUUUAUUAAGGCUUAAUAAAGCAAAAAGCAGUCAGUUUCUGUUUAGGCAGAGUAGAUCAUCAAAUUAAUUACAGAUUCGUACAGUAUCAACGAUUAUUUAGAUAUUCUUUUAAGUUUGGCUAUUACUGAAAAAGUAAUCGAAAAUAAGCUGUCCAUAAUUUAAAUUAUGUUUCCAGUAUUAAGGAGGAAUUAAAUCCAACUGCAUGAAACAAAUUUAAUUUAACAGAUUUGUUUAGGAAUGAGUACUCUUAUCUUACAAAAUUAAGAAAUUAAGUAAAUUUAGAUGAGUUGCUUUGCUAUAUUGAAUUACACUUUGGAAUUCGGAAGAGAUAUUUGCAUCGAAAGUUUAGUAAAAUACAACUCUUCAAACGAAGAUGAUUUAGUUAAUUUUCGUUUUCUUGCUUGCAUAUAUUCACCACAACUUGAGUGUGCUAUCAGAGAAUUUACAUAGUUUAAUUGCCUUAUGCAGUUCAAUACUGUAAAUCCUCUUCAUAAUAAUAACUUAGUAGCUAAAGCUCACCAAAGAUAUAGUCCGAUAAGAGUGAUUCCCACUUCAGAGUCAUUAUAAAUGAAGCCAAUGAGAAAACAAGGAAUGAUAAAGAAAUAGAUACAAAGAUCAAAUUUAGAAGAAAAUAGUCAUUACAGUUAAAGAAAUAGAAACAGUUUAGAAUAAACAGGAUUUUUAAUUGACAAUUUCACUAGCAACGAAAAUAUUUUAUAAGAAAAUGUAAAUGAAAUCGUUGGUUUAAUCACUUAAUCUAUUCAAGAUUUAUCUUCAAACUAACAAGACAACCAUUAUCCUAUCUCUAUCCUUGGAAAAUUAUUUUAAAAUUAAGUAUAUUUUCAUAACAUAACAAAGACUUCUAUAAAAAAGAUUUUGAAUUUGUACUACUUCUAUCCCCAUAAUUAAAUGGAAUUUUUGGAAUUAGACGAAAUUGUGAAUGAGUUGGAGUAUGUAUAGCCAACAAAUAAAUUACUUAUAUAGAGCCUUAUAGAAAAAAUAGCUGAAAAAACGUAAUCGUUUUAACAAGGAGUUGUGAAAUCCCACUUUAUCAAAUUGCUUAACAAAUAAAUAAAGGAUGAGAGGAAUUAUACAAUUAUUGUUGAGCAUAUGGAAAUAAUAGUAAGAAUUUCAAAAAAGAUUUUAGAAAAUCAAGAUUCUGAAGAAAUUUCAUCCAAUAAAUAAACUAGGAAAAGAGCUUUAAAGUGCUUAUGCUUACUGUACUUCUGUGACUAAAAAGAAAUGAAUUAGUUUUGGUAAUAGUUUACAGUAGAUUAACAAAAGGAAAUAGCUUUUAAAAUAAAAGAAUUAGCUGAAAAAAUAUGA